AUGACUGAACAAACUACAACUGAGAGCAUUAUUGAUGGAGUUUCUCGCAUAAAUAUUUACUCCCAAGAUCCUUUCCAUAUUUUAAACAUACCUGUUGAAGUUCUUAAUGAAUUGAGUUAUUACCUACCAGCAAAGGACAUCAGGGCCCUGACACAAACGUGCAUUAAACUAAAGGAUAUCUAUGACAGGCUUCGAUGGCUGAACUGUGUUGUUAAUCAAGAUGAAGGUGACAAUAUGAUGACAAAAAAAUACAUUAAUAUUGAUAGCAGUGGUGAAACUCAACCGUUUGACAGAUACGACACUUAUGACUACAGUUUCCCUAAUUUUGACGAAGUUCCUGCUCGAGUGUUUGGCAACCCAAGAAAGUAUAGUUGGUUCCCUAGUGAAAAGAUUAAGACCAUUGUUUUAAGCGGUAAAGGUCACCAACAUAACCUUAUUUUUACAAAAUUUUAUGACACCCCAUUCCACUUUAGGUUGUUCCCCCGAGUUAAAAGUUUUGACGUAUUUUCAAGAUUUGGGCUUAAAGAUUCUGAUAUCCUUUUGGAUUAUAAUCUUUUCAAAAUGUUGCGGGAGGCUGUAGCUUUCCGGGGGAAUGAUGAUUCAGAACCGUUUUGGAAGCUGAAACUUAAUGGGUUUUCUGAAUUUGAUUCUACUUUUCUUUUGGAUUUUGCAGAUUUUAGAAUUUCGCUACGGGAAUUGUCAUUGAAUACUGAUACUAUUAUUGACCCAGCAGUGAUUAAAGAUCUCGACCUUCCAAAUUUAAAGAAAUUAUUUACAAAAGAUUUGGAAUUUGAAUUAUAUAAUGAGAUUCUUCAACGGCUUCAUCAUUGGCCCAAGCUUGAACACUUGACAUUUUUUUUAAUGUUUCAAAAGACAAUUGAUGGCACUUAUUCAGUCACUUUAGCUGUGCAUGAGAUUUUGAAGCUUCCAACAAGUCUCAAGACUUGUGAUAUGAUACUGGGGACUCCUAAAUACCCUGAUGAUGAAUUUAUACCUAUAACUAGGGUGAUGCGGAUUGAAGCAGUUACAUCAAUCCGUGACAAGUGUAACCUAAAUCAUGAUACUUUUUGCGAAGAUUUUGAAAUAAUAAAGUACUUGGAACUGCCACGAGCACGGAAAGCAACUCAGACUUUGGAAGUUCAACCAGAAUAUACCAAUCCAUUUUUGGCAAAAGAUUUAGGUAAAACACUUACACAUUUAGAUUUGAAUGUUGUUACACCACCAGUCAAUAUUUUAUCUUAUUUUAAUAAUCUUGUUAAUCUUCGUGUACUUAUUUUGACCAUUUACUCUUAUCCAGGAUUUUAUAAUUUUUCGGAUGAAUUGACAAGCACAAUGAAUACCAUUUCACAAACAAUUGCUGAUGGUGGGAAAUGGUCAGAGCUUGAACUCAAAAAGAUGUUUACAUCAUUAUUGGAAAAGGAUCAAAAGAAUAUAUUUAGGGAUCAGGAGGGAGAGGUUUUGGAUAUAUCAUUUGAUAAGGCACUAGAUGUGUUGAUGCAGUUAAUUAUAGAUCCAAUAGGGGUUGCAAAUACUGGCCAGCAAUUUGAUAAGCAACUAAAUGUUAUGAUAUUUUUGGAAGCCUUACUUGCUACUAUGCAAACCUCUCUCCCAUCACUUGAAUAUUUUUUCUUAAAGAUUGAUGAAUUUCCUUUACCGUCACCUCAAUUCCAAAAACUAUUGUUAGUACCACCGACUAAUAUUAAACAAGUAUUGAUUUCUUAUGAUGAUUAUUAUGAUUUGCCAGUGUUGCCAGAGUUGGAAUAUAGAGUUAAGAUUGAAACAGAUUAUUAUCAUUUUGUUAUUCAUGAUUUGGCUAAGAAAAGAGUUUUACCGUUGAUGAGUCAGGGUACAAUUUCCCCAAUGUCUUGCUUUGAAGAUGGUUUUGAUGGAUGGUUUUAG